CGGCAGCAUGUCGCGAGUCCACAGGCCAAAAUCGGCGGAAAACGAACUCCUCAAGGUUUUAUCUUCGACCAGUAUUGGCUCCAUCGGAAAUUACACCUUUGGAAGGACACUAGGAGAAGGUACGUUUGGCAAGGUGAAACUUGCCAAACACAACCUCACUGGACAGCAGGUGGCCAUCAAAAUAGUGGACAAGAUACAUGCACCAACCGUGGUUCGGGAGAUCGAAACAUGGCGUCAUAUGCAUCAUUCAAACAUUGCCCGCCUAUACGAAGUUCUGUGUAGUGAGACCCGCAUAUUUAUGGUCAUGGAAUACUGUACGGGUGGCGAAGCCUUCGACUAUGUUUGUGCGCACGGAAGAUUCGACGAUCGAUGCCAAGAUGCGAAAAGAGUGUUCCGGCAAAUUGCAGAGGCUGUAGGGUACUGCCAUGAGAAGAACUUUGUACAUAGGGAUCUGAAGCUGGAAAAUAUUCUUUUAACUGAGAAUUUGGACGUGAAACUGAUUGACUUUGGUUUUACCCGUGAAGUGACUACUCGUAAUUUAUUGGACACAUAUUGUGGGUCGGUUGCUUAUGCUGCACCAGAAAUGAUAUCAGGCAAGCAAUACUCUGGACCCCAGGCGGACAUAUGGUCACUAGGCGUGAUUCUCUACACUUUGUUAUGCGGAUAUCUGCCUUUCGAUGAUGAUAGUGAAGCGCACAUACGCAGAAAAAUUUUGGAGCUCGAUUACGAUUUACCGGACUUUUUGGGUGAAUUGACGAAAGACCUGAUACAGAGCAUGCUUAAAUUGGAGGGAAGCGAUCGCAUCAGUAUCAAGGAGAUGCUGGCACAUCCGUGGUUCAAGGAAGCCGAUACUGCAGCGGAGGAGGAGGUUCGCAACCCGGCGCCAUCACCUGCACUUGCAGUCGACAUGGCGGAUGAGUCUUCACUGAUGAGGAAUUUGAGGCUCGCGGGAUUGGAUGUAGAUGCCAUAAUGACAUCCGUUAAAUCUAAUGCGUGCGAUCAAGCCAGCGCAUUAUGGUAUUUGUUACUGGACAAACACCGUUCUGUGAAUGCUGGAUAUCCGCGAUCACCACUCUCGCCAGGAGCUGAAUCUCCGCUUUCACCUGUGGUGGUGGGCGACAUGAAUGGAGGCGACUAUCUGGCCCAAGCUCGCCGAAAAACGUUAGGAGAGGCUGGUACCUCUUUUGGCGAACAGCGGAAUUCCAGUUCCCGUCGUCCGUUGCUAACAGACUUAAAAGCCACAAAUUCGGCUGACCGGGGUGGUGGGAAGUUUGGGCGAGGGCGCAGGCGUUGGGAAGGGAAAGGCGGAGACAAUUAUCGACAGGGGACAAGAAGGGGGCUAGGACCGUCUGUAUCCUUUGGCCAUGCCCCGCUUGGGUCCGGACGAGGGUGGAUUACGGAGGAGUCUGAAUCGGAGGAAGGAAAUGGGGACGAAACACAAACUACCAACCCGACCGGAAAUGAUCAGGCGCUCGGUGAGCGGCAUUCAAGUGACUUGGAUGAUGUGGAGCAGACACACAGCGCAGAGCGGUGGGCGGAUCGUGUCGCUCGCCCUCAUCGAAAUAUAGCGAUUUCGGAAGCGCAAGAAGAGGAAUAUUAAUUUAACCACAAGUUUUGGAUCGUAACGACUUCUCCCUAGGGGGUGAUUUUUAUUUUUAUUCUGGUUUUUUUUGUUUUUGAAAUUCCAAUGAUCUGUAUCAUAGCGAACUUGACCAUUUAAUAAUUGAUGUUCACCAUAAAAGCUUGCACACAGGGAAUGGUGCAACAAGAUAUGUCUUUCGCUAUGGG